AUGAUGUUGUGUUGGUCAUUCAAGAUGAAUUUGAUUUGGUUUUUUCUAUUGCUGUUUCUGUAUCUUGGGGUGUUCUCAUGUGCGUCCAGCAACAAUGUUUCUUCGAGACCUGCGGUUGUUAAUAUUGGAGCUAUUUUCACCUUUGAUUCUACUAUUGGUAAAGUUGCCAAGCUUGCUAUUGAGGAAGCAGUGAAAGAUGUCAACUCCAAUUUCAGCGUUCUCCAUGGGACCAAACUCGCUGUAAAAAUGCGGAAUUCCAAUUGCAGUGGGUUUGGUGGAAUGGUUCAAGCUUUGCAAUUCAUGGAGACUGAUAUUGUCGCCAUUAUAGGCCCACAAUCUUCUGUAGUUGCCCAUAUCAUAUCCCAUGUUGCAAAUGAACUCCAAGUUCCUCUAUUGUCAUUUGCAGCCACAGACCCAACUCUCUCAUCCCUUCAGUUCCCCUUUUUUGUUAGGACAACACAUAGUGAUUUGUAUCAAAUGAGUGCAGUGGCGCAAAUUGUUGAUCAUUAUGGUUGGAAGGAGGUUAUUGCCAUUUUUAUAGAUGAUGAUUAUGGACGUAAUGGCAUGUCAGCUUUAGAUGAUAAACUUGCAGAGAGGCGCUGUAGAAUUUCCUACAAGUUGGGAAUUCCCCCGGGACCUGGAGCUACCCGGGGCGACAUCAUGGAUCUUCUUGUUAAUGUCGCACAAUUGGAAUCUCGAGUUAUAGUUCUUCAUGUGAAUCCUGAUUCAGGUCUCAUGAUUCUCUCUGUGGCACAUUAUCUUCAAAUGAUGGGUGAUGGAUUUGUAUGGAUAGCUACAGAUUGGCUGUCAUCUCUUUUAGAUUCUGCUUUGCCUCUUCCUUCUGAGACCAUGGAUACAUUGCAAGGAGUUCUUGUUUUGCGCCAACACACCCCAGAUUCAGAUAGAAAGAGGACCUUUUUCUCCAAGUGGAACAAGCUGACUGGUGGUUCUUUGGGACUGCAUUCUUAUGGGCUUUAUGCUUAUGAUUCUGUUUGGCUGGUUGCUCAUGCUCUUGAUGCAUUUUUUAACCAGGGUGGGAUCAUUUCAUUCUCUAAUGAUUCUAGGAUAAAGUCUGUAGAAAAAGGUGGUAGUCUUCACCUUGAAGCAAUGAGCAUUUUUGAUGAUGGACCGCUCCUGUUGAAAAACGUGUUGCAAAGUACUUUUCUUGGUUUGACAGGUCCUAUUAAGUUUGAUUCAGAGAGGUCUCUUGUUCUUCCAGCAUAUGAUAUUAUUAAUGUUCUUGGUACUGGGUUUCGACGAAUUGGUUACUGGUGUAACUAUUCUGGUUUAUCAACUGUUCCCCCUGAGAUGCUCUAUUCAAAGCCACCUAAUCGUUCCAGUGCAAACCAACAAUUAUACAGCGUUAUCUGGCCAGGGGAGACAUUGUCAAAGCCCCGUGGUUGGGUUUUCCCAAACAAUGGGAAGCAACUAAGAAUUGGUGUGCCUAUUCGGGUCAGUUACCGGGAAUUUGUAUCACAGGUUCGGGGAACUGAUAAUAUGUUCAAGGGUUUCUGCAUAGAUGUAUUCAUUGCUGCCGUAAACUUGUUACCAUAUGCUGUUCCAUACCGAUUUAUCCCUUUUGGAGAUGGUCAGAAAAACCCAAGCUACAACGAGCUUGUGUAUUCUGUCGCAACGGGUGUCUUUGAUGCUGCUGUUGGUGACAUUGCUAUUGUUACAAAUCGAACAAAGAUUGUGGAUUUUUCACAGCCAUAUGCUGCCUCUGGACUUGUUGUAGUGGCUCCAUUUAAAAAAUUGAACUCUAGUGCUUGGGCUUUCCUUCGGCCAUUUACUGCACGUAUGUGGGUUGUCACUGCUGCUUCCUUUCUUGUUAUUGGUAUAGUUGUGUGGAUUUUGGAGCAUAGGAUAAAUGAUGAAUUCAGGGGUCCACCUAAAAAGCAACUUAUAACCAUCUUGUGGUUUAGCAUCUCAACUCUGUUCUUUGCCCAUAGAGAGAACACUGUGAGCACCCUUGGUCGUCUAGUUCUCAUCAUAUGGCUCUUUGUGGUUUUGAUAAUCAACUCAAGUUACACUGCCAGUCUGACAUCAAUUCUUACAGUGCAGCACCUAUCUUCUCCAAUUAAAGGAAUUGAAAGCUUGAAAAAUAGUGAUGAGCCAAUUGGGUAUCAAGUGGGUUCCUUUGCUGAACAUUAUUUGAGUGAGGAACUUGGCAUAUCCAAAUCCAGGCUUAUUCCCCUUGGGUCUCCUCAAGCAUAUGCGCAGGCGCUCCAGCUUGGUCCUAAAAAGGCAGGAGGUGUUGCUGCUGUGGUUGAUGAGCGUCUUUAUGUUGAAGUCUUCCUCUCAUCGCAGUGCAAAUUUAGGGUUAUAGGUCAAGAGUUCACCAAAAGCGGUUGGGGUUUUGCAUUUCCACGCGACUCUCCUUUAGCUGUUGACAUGUCAACUGCACUUCUACAACUAUCAGAGAAUGGUGAUUUGCAGCGGAUCUAUGAUAAGUGGCUGAGGCAAAGCUCUUGCACUUUAGAGAGCACUGAACUUGAGUCAGACCGGCUUCACCUUAAAAGUUUUUGGGGCCUCUUUCUCAUAUGUGGAAUAGCUUGCUUCGUUGCUCUCUUCAUAUAUUUUUUGCAAAUUCUGAACAAGCUACGCCAUGCUGACCCAACACCAUGUGUUUCAACUAGUCCAGGUAGCUCACGAUCUAGGCAACUCCGGAGAUUUUUAUCAUUAAUUGAUGAGAAGAAAGACCCCUCCAAUAGUGGAAGUAAAAGAAAGAAAAUAGUUAGAUCGUUUUCCGACAAUGAUAAAGAUGACAAGUUGGGGCGGAAUCCCGAAAAGAAACAAACAGAAAUGACUAACAGGAGCGAAAUUAACUCCAACAAUUAA